GAUUUAAAUAAAUCGUUUCCCUUAAUUUCCAAUCAGUUAUUAUUUUAUACGGCAUUCCUCUCGGUCAGCUGUUGAAUUCGCCGCAUAGUUGCACUUGCUCGCCGGCACUAAACACCAAAUUAAACGCGAUGUUACGAAGAUAUAUAACAAAUUUCAGACAAAAUGUGCAAUUUCUUCACAGAAAUCAACAGCUUACUCAACGACAGUUGACACCUUUGCGUUAUGUUGCUGCAGCGGCUGAGACACAAACCCAACUAGAGCAGUCGCAUAUUGAUGAAGCGGUGCGUUUGAAUCCACUGCUGUCCCGUGUACCACUGACGCAAUGGCAAUACGCACACGAGACUUUUAUGAAUCAUGGACUGAAUACCAGCAACUUUUUACGUAUUGUCGUUGGCAAUCCAGAUGUGCUUUCCCGUUCAAAACAGCGUAUAAUCGAGGCGAUUGAAAACUGGCGUAGCUGUCAAUUCGGUGAGAAGUUACUAUUUCUGCUGCUUACGAAAUAUCCAGAGCUGUUGGAUGUAACCGAUAAUUUGCGUCUACGCAAACAUAUCAGUUACUUGAAAACAUUUGCGGGCACAGAUAAAAACGUCUGGAAGCUGCUGAUGAAUUGUCCGGAUCUUAUGGAGCAGUCAGAGCGGCGUAUAGAGGAGAAAGUGACUUAUUUAAAGGAGGUGAUGCGUAUUGAGAUACCUGAAAUUAUUAAGUCAGAAGCGCUAUCGAAACCACUAGAAGAGAUACGUUGCCGACAUGUUUUUCUGGAGCGUCUAGGUUUGUUUGUACCGCGCCCAUUAAAGGUGAAUCCAGAUGAGCCUACGAAGAACCCGCGCUUAUACCAAAUUACCAACACAUCGGAGAAGACAUUCGCCACGAAGGUGUGUCAUGUCACGCUGGUGGAAUAUGAGGCGUUUAAAGAGUUAUACGAACGCGAAGUGCAACGAAAAGAAGAUGAAGAGGAGGAAGACGAGGAUGAAAAAUGGGAGGGUAAAAGAGGAUACAAAAAGUGAAAUACAUUGAAUUGUUAAACACACAA